AUGCGCAUCUAUGGUCUCCAGAAUGCAUUUUCACCCAUCUCAAACGGCCAACUCAAUGCUGUUGUCAAAGCCUACAAACAGCGCAAACCGGACUCAGGAAUCUGUUAUCUGAGGGGCUUCCUUCACCAGCAUCACCUUCAAAUCCAGAAGAAUUGCCUGUACCAAUCGUUGCGUCAUGUCGACGGACUCAAUCAUGUGCUUCAAUGGCGUCGCACCAUUCAAAGGCGAAAGUACAAAUCAUCACGCCUGAAUGCAUUGUGGCAUUGUGACGGUCAUCACAAGUUGAUUCAUUGGGGAAUUGUUAUUCACGGCUUUAUUGAUGGCUUCUGUCACACAACAUGGCUUGCCUCAGUGAUAUUUUUGUGA